AUGUUAAGUGUGUUCAACGUGGCAGAAAAGCCAUCAGUGGCAAAUAACAUCACCGAGAUUCUGUCCAAUGGAAGGAAAAACAGAGAAUUUACGCACUCGAGAAUGAACCCAGUCUUCUCAUUUCAGUACUACAUCGAAAGCAGAAUGUGUAAAAUGUACUUCACGUCAGUGAGAGGGCACCUUAUGGGCCUGGACUUUGAGCCAAACUAUCGCAAUUGGAGCAGGACAGCAAUAGAGGACCUGUUUACAGGCAAAUUCCACACAUCCACACACAGCGCCGACGACUUUAUCGGUAAACAGCGACUCGAAGGAAAUAGAAAAGAAUAUAUUGCACUACGCACGCUUAGUAGGUCAAAGUGUGCAGGAUCGGACAUUGAACACGCACUGAACAAUUUAAAGGAACCGAACAGGAACCUGGCGAAUGUAAGCAUUAAAAGCGAAUAUGGCGCAGUUGAAACGAGACAGGAAAUAGACUUGAGAAUAGGCAAGUGCGCACAAAAAACAGUGGAGUUAGGCUCGUCGAUAACGAGAUUCUUGACACUAAAAUAUAAAAACGCAAUAAGAACGCAAGCGAAAAUACUUAGCUACGGUACAUGUCAACUUCCAACCUUGGGUUUCGUGGUAGAGCGUUAUUUGCAAAUCGAAAACUUCCAACGAGAGCCGUAUUGGACAAUCAACGUGAACGUGACACAUGAAUCAAUACCUGUGACAUUCUUGUGGAGCCGAAAGAAGCUGUUCGACGAGUACAAUCGAGCGUUAAUAACGAUGUGUAGAUUAGCAGUGUUGACGUUGUACGAAGUGUGUCUGGAGAAUCCACGGGGCGUAAUAAGAAAGAUAAUAAAAAAGGAAGUUAAGAAGCAUCCGCCACUGCCCCUAGAUACGAUUGAAAUGAAUAAGGAUGUUUCUAAAUUCUUGAGGAUAUCGUCACACAAGUGUAUGCAACUGGCAGAGGCGUUGUACAAUAAGGGGUACAUCAGUUACCCGAGGACUGAGACGAAUUGUUUCCCAAGCUCAAUUAAUGUGAAGACAAUAAUAAGAAUGUUAUCGACAGUGCAAGAGUUUUCAGGAUACGCAAACACGCUGCUUAAUGGAGGAUUCAGGGAGCCGAUAAAGGGGAGAAAGAACGACGAAGCUCACCCACCAAUACACCCAGUUAAAUGUUUAAGCAGGUACGAAGCGGACUCAGAGGAGCACUGGCAACUGUACGAAUACAUAGCGAGAAGAUUCCUGGCAUGCUGCAGUAAAGCGUCAAUAGGACAUCAGUCCAUAGUAAUACUAGACGUGUCAGGUGAAAUGUUUAACCUGAAGGGGCUGAUUAUCCAUGAAAGAAAUUGGUUGAACAUAUACACGUACAGCACAUGGGAGGGGAAACUGAUACCAAAUUUCCACGAAAACCAACAGAUAAUGCCUGAUGCCAUACUACUUAAGGACGGUAGAACGACUCCGCCGAGUUUAUUGUCUGAAGCAAACUUGAUUGAUUUGAUGAACAGGAAUGGAAUCGGCACAGACGCAACGAUGCAUGAGCACAUACAGAAGAUACAGGAUCGCCACUACUGCGUAAAGGACCAGAACUUGAGGUUCAUACCUACGAAUCUGGGCAAAGCAAUAUACCACGGCUUCAAGGAAUACAAUUACCGCAACAUUGACCUGACGAAGCCGAUUUUGAGAGCCAAGAUGGAAAAGGACAUGAGCGACAUAUCUGUGGGCAUCAAGGACAAGAACCAAGUGAUAGUCAAGUACUCGAACAUAAUGAAGUCGAUAUUCCAGAUGAUUAGCAACUACUCGGGCAGGUUUGACCAUUUCAUAGGCGGCUUGUCGCGAAACUUGCCUGACGAAGCUCCCCUGCCAAACGUAUAUUAG